CUCCACGUUCAAGGAAUUGGGCUCAGUGGCGACAAGGGUUGCAAAUGAGUCUGAGUUGAGCUGAGUUUUGACUUUACUUGAGUUUGACUAGUUAAUAUACGAGUCCAGUCCGAGCUUGAUUUGUUGACUCAGUCAUUGGCUUGUGUUUGACUCGAGCUCGGCUCAUUAAUGAACUCGUGAGCUCUACUAGUUGAGGUUGCUCAUUGACAUAUCGUCGAGUCCAACUCAUAGCUCAAAACGAGCUAGCUCAUGAGUUGAACUCAAUAAGCCACCGAAUCGAGGUAGCUCACAAGCCGAGCGAGUUGAAAAGGUUGAGUUCAAAUUUGAAUUGUUCACUCAAGCGAGUUUUUCCCGAGUUAAACAUCGAGCUGCUCAUGAGCCGUUUUUCCCGAGUAAACACGGAGAAUUUUGGGAGAAUCCAGGGUGGAAGUGGAACCACCGAAAUUGGGCCUGGGCAAUGCUGGACAAUCCCUCACAGUAUACUUUCUCUUCUUCUGUUGGCAAGUGAGCCAGCCCAACAACAAAGCCCAUAAAUACAAAAGGUAAGAGGAAAAAUGGAAAGUAUAUGUCGAUCUACCGCCAUGGCGGUGACUGUGAGCUCCGCGCGCGCUCAUUUGGCCAGAAACGUGGAACCAAAUUUACCCAAGAAAAGAAACGUGGAAGCAAAAAGCAGAACAAGAUGCUGCGACGAAUCAGCCCCAUCUUGAAUAAUGAGCGGAGUCUUCUCAAGCUGGCUGCUCGCUUCGCAUCCACGAGAUCCAACCAUGGUGAUGCGCGCUGCGGGGUAGUGAUGAGCUUCGGCGACGGCAGCCAUGGUGCUCUGGGUUUACCACCUUCGCUUACAGGCGUCGGAGCCGAUGUUUACGAGCCGACGCUGGUCCCGGGGCUUCCAUCCAAUGUCACAGCCGUUAGCGCUGGCCACUACCACUCGCUAGCGGUCACUUCACGUGGAGAGCUCUGGGCAUGGGGCCGGAACGAAGAAGGGCAGCUUGGCCGUGGCAUUCUUGCGCCCAGAGACACUUGGCACGAACCUAAGAGAGUGCAGAGCUUGGAUCAAGUCCACGUUGCAGCUGCAUUUGCGUCAGGAGUGAUCUCUGCCGCCAUCGGAGUUGACGGCUCUUUGUGGGUAUGGGGAAAGUCCAAGAGAGGGCAGCUUGGUUUGGGUCCUGGAAUCACAGAGGCAGUAGUCCCUUCUAGGGUUCCAAGCUUUGCUGGAGAAAAGAUAGUUAAGGUCUCGUUCGGAUGGGGGCAUGCUCUCGCACGAACCGAGGAUGGCAAGCUAUACGCCUGGGGCUAUUCGGCAGACGGAAGGAUAGGAACGAUUGGUGGACUUGUGGAGGCGUCCGUGUUGGAUUCAGGCGGAGAUAGUGUCAAAGGUGACCGAUUUGAAGCUGCUGAAAAGCGAGUUUUGGAAGGAAUGGAAAAGGAGAAGGAAAUGCCAAUAGUAUGGGAGCCUUGUUUAGUCGAAGAAUUGAAUGGAACCCAAGUUGCAGAAGUUGCUUGUGGGCUUGAUCAUUCCUUGGUUAUUAGCAGCGAUGGCAGGCUGUUAACCUCUGGAAGCAACACAUAUGGUCAGUUGGGUCGAUCAAAUCCAGACAUGGGAUUCUUUCCAGCCGACAUGGAACUUCUCCACGCCUCAUUCAUAGCAGCAGGCCUUGGCCAUUCUCUAGCAAUCUGCCAUGAAACUUCAUCUUCCAACAGCAGCAUCUUCUCAUGGGGUUGGAACAGAAGCUCGCAGCUUGGAAGAAUGGGAACUGAGCACAAACCAUUACCGGUUGAGGCACUGUCGGAGGAGAUGCAACCUUUGUCGGUGUCUGCGGGGCGAGUUCAUUCCAUGGCUUUGACAUCUGGAGGCGAGCUGUGGGUUUGGGGAAGUGGCAAGAAUGGCAGGCUUGGGUUGGGGAGCCCUUACGAUGAACAAGAACCAGCUGUUGUUGAUAGCUUGGAAGGUUGUGAAGUUUUGCAGGCUGUUGCUGGGUUUGAUCAUAAUCUGGUUUUGGUGGCUCAAUGAAUGAGAAGUUAGGUGGUUUCUUUCGAUCAGAUUGAUAGUUUGGGAAUGAAUUUCAAAGCUAUUCUUAUCUUAAUGAUAAAUUUUCCUAUGUUUGGGGGAAAUGAACAAGGUUGGUAGGUAUUGCUGAGAAUAAAAAACAUACAGCUUUAUGCCUCUAACUAAUGGUACUGCGCAAACAAUGAUAUCCCCUCAAAGUACUUGAAACUUUCAAUUUGUUCCCUUCAGAGAUUAGUUGUAAUUUCCUGUUUUUGUAAGUCCUAACUCUGUUCAUAUGUAUUGUAACUUUGUAAUAAUGGUUUGAAAAAUUGAUUAAUCUUCAAAGUGAUUGUAUAAUUAUGGGUAAACAUUAGCGGCGGAUUCAGAGUAUAGUAGAGUACUGGACCGUAUUUUAUUAAAAAAUUAGAUACCUU